AUGGAAAAUCGGGGGCUCUUCUGCACCCUCUGUUACCUGAUGUUCAACGCGCCUCUUCUCUUCAUCGUCACCGCUACCUUUACUGAAGUUCCCAAAGAUGUGACUGUUAGGGAGGGAGAUGAUAUUGAGAUGCCUUGUGCUUUCCGAGCCAGCGGAUCCACCUCUUACUCCUUGGAAAUCCAGUGGUGGUACCUUAAAGAACCAGCCAGAGAACUUGCACACGAAUUAGCCAUCAGUGUACCCGGCAGCAGGAGCAAGGUAACAAAUAAGGAUGCAACCAAAAUCAGCACGGUCCGCGUCCAGGGCAACGACAUCUCGCACCGGCUGCGGCUCUCGGGCGUGCGGCGGCAGGACGAGGGCGUCUACCAGUGCCGCGUGGCGGACUACAGCGACGACGAGACGCAGGAGCACAAGGCCCAGGCGCUGCUGCGCGUCCUCUCCCGCUUCGCGCCGCCCGACGUGCAGGCGGCCGAGGCGGUCUCGCACAUCCAGAGCGGCGCGGCACCGCGCCGCCACGGCACGGCCGCCCGGCCCACGCCUGGGCCGGGGCAUCGCGCCCUGCCUCGUCGGGAGCUGGCGCCGAGGCGCGGAGCUGGGGCGGUUCGUAAUCCUCACGCAGGAACGUUCACACUUCUUCCUGAUACCUCUUCACGCUCUCAGGGCAAACUGUUGCAGGUUUUGGCUCACAGUACAGGACCUAUUUAUGCUACAGACCCACUCCUAUAUAUGUCCCUGUUAAUACUGCAUAAGCUUAUACAUUUAUUAGUAAACCACUGA